GAAACGAUACUUCACUGCUCUCAUCGACAGUGCGUACAUCUUGGCUACAGUUUGUUCAGCGAAUCAAUUUAUUGGAUUGAAUUCUGAGCGUCAGUAAAAUGUGGAAAGCGUUUUUACUUUGUUUCUUGGUUGCGCUUAGCGUGGCCGAGCAACAAUGGAAUGGAGCAUGGCGACAAAAUACCGAAUAUCGUUAUAAGGUGCACACCAAAACCUUGGCCGCUCUACCGAAUUUGAAGAAUCAAUGGGUUGGUUCAUUCACCAAAGCCGAUUUAACCAUUCGUCAGUUAUCAAAGGACGUUUUAGUUGGUGAAGUGAAAAAUGGAAAGCGCAGCGAUUUUCAUGAUGCAUUACCAAUGGAUCCGGCCAAAUAUAUGCCAGACGAUGAACUUCAAUAUGAACAAAUGGAAAUGAAUACAAAACCAUUUGAAAUUCGUAUGGAUGAAGGUGCCAUUCAUAGCAUUGCCGUUGAUAAAGACAUGACCAAUGUUCAAUUGAAUCAACUGAAAAGUAUUUUGAGUCAAUUGCAAGUCGAUAUUCGAGCUAGAAAUAAUAUUGAAAGUGUGUACAGCCAUUUACCCGACAGUAAAGAUGACAACGAUGAAAAUAAACAGAAUCAAGCACUUUACCAAGUCAUGGAACCAACUGUAACUGGUAAAUGCGAAUCAUACUAUGAUAUUUCACGCAUUCCAAUGUAUAUGGCACAAUCAUUGCCCGAAGCCACAUCAAGUGUAACAUUGCAAAACGAUGAAAAUGUCUAUGAAAUUUUCAAAACGAAAAACUACAGCAAUUGUGAACAACGUAUGGGCUAUCACUUUGGUCUUGAUGGAUUGAAUGAAUGGAAACCAAACACCAAUCGCAUGGGAAGUCUCGCAAAAUCAGCCAUUAGUCGCAUUGUUAUCUCGGGAAAUCUCAACAAAUACACCAUUCGCUCAUCGGUGACCACAAACCGUGUUGUCAAGUCUAAUCCAGGUAAAGAAACUCAACAAGAUUCAUUGAUUGUGAGUCAAGUGAAUGUCACAUUGGAAUCAAUGGAACAAAAUGAGGAGAAACCACUAGUGCAAUCGGAACAACUUGUCGAUGUUGGCAAUCUCGUUUACUCCUACGAUUUGCCAUCCGAUAAGAAAAACUCGCUUCGGCCAAAAAAAGAUUCGUCGGAAGAAACAGACGUCGAUGACGAUAAUGAUGAUUCAGACGAUGAAGAAGAACGUGAUGAGGAAAAUUCAUCAGAGAAGCGUGAAGAACGUACAGCCAAAAAAAAUAAAAAACACUCACGAAACAGCCGUCAACGCCGAUCAACCGACAACGAAAUCUCAAAAAACACCCGCAACGAAAACGAAGAUGAUGAGGAUGAGGAGAAUCAAAAUGACAUCGAGAAAGAUAACGACAACAACAUAAAAAAGAAUAAAAACAAAAGCAACCACAAUAAAAGCCAAAAAAGUCGCCAAAACCGUAAAUCAUCAAGAAAUAUUUCCGGUGAACGUGAAGAUGAAUCAUCAAAUGAAAAAAAACUGGAAUAUCAUCAGCCAAGACCAACAUUGAAAGAUGCCCCAGAAAAUCCAUUGCUCAAUUACUUUGUCGGCAACAACGGCAAAUCAAUUCAAAGCCGAAAAGAGUUCAAUGCAAAAACUGAAGUUGAAAAACUAGUCGAAGAAAUUAGCGAAGAUUUGGAAAAUCCAGAGGAAAUUCCAGCCAAGAACACUCUUCGAAAAUUCAAUAUUUUGGCCAAAAUUAUUCGCACCAUGAACGCUGAACAAAUCGAAGAAACAACACGUGCAUUAGAAAAAAUGGACAAAAAAUCAUCGGAAAAAAGUCGCAAAGUUUACCUUGAUGCAUUAUCAACGGCUGGAACUGGACCGGCUGUAAACCAACUUAUGACAUUGAUCGAAGAACGAAAAUUAAAGGGUGAAGAAGCCGUCGAGGUGAUUAUCACUUUGCCAACCACUAUUCGUGAACCAACCGAAGAGAUGCAAAGACGUUUCUUUGACUUUGUAAAGAACGAUGCUGUUCGCGAACAAUCAAAUGUAAACACAACCGCCGGUAUUGCACUAUCGCGUUUCUUGCAUCAAGCCCAAGUAAAUCGCGAAUCGGCAAAGAAAUAUUAUCCAGUUGAAAGCUAUGGACGUUUAGGUGAUCGUAACAGUAAAUUGGUAUCGGAAGAAGUUAUUCCGUACUUUGCUGAAAUGUUGAAAAAAGCAGUUGACAAAAAAGAUGUACCAAAGACAUUGUACGCAAUCCGUGCAUUGGGAAAUUUGGGCGAUUCAAAAUUGCCAAAAGUGUUUGAACCAUAUUUGACGGGCAAAGAAAAAUUAAGCAAUUUCCAACGAUUUGCUGUGCUUGUUGCAAUGGGUAGAUAUUGCCAAAAUAAUGUUAAAGAUGGCCAAACAAUGUUGUAUAAAAUCUUCCAAGAUAAAGGUGAAACAAGCGAAAUUCGUUCAUUAGCCGUUUUUAAAUUGGUGCGCUUAAAUCCACUUGGUUCAAUUUUGCUACGUAUGGCCGAAACAACAAACAACGAAGAAAAUAACGAUGUCAGAGCCGCUGUUCGGUCAGCAUUGGAAUCGGCUGCACGUUUACAGGAAAACACAGAACUUGCUCAAAAUGCAAAGGCGGCUUUAGGCUUGAUGAAACAAGAAACACAAGGAAUGCAAUAUGCACGCACUUAUUUAACAGAAUUUGUCGAUCGUCAAAUUGAUGCAACAUAUAAACAACAAGCUACCUAUUUGGUUGAGGAAGACAGUUUCAUUCCGAAUGCAAUUUAUGUUCGCACAGUUGGAAAUCUUGGCGGAUUCAAUCGUGAUAAUGAAUUCCAUGCCAUUGUAUCAAGCAUCAAAGAAUUGGCCAAUGCAUGGAAUGACAAUAUUGAAAAAUCAUCGAAAACUUCAAAACAAAAUGACAGCGACAGCGAUGAAUCAAACGAAAACGAUUAUUUAAAUAAUGAUUCAAACCAAGAGCAAUCAACAACCAAGUGGUCAGCUGAAAAAAUCAUGAAUUUGUUGAAUAUGAAAAAGAACAAAGCCAAACAACUUGAAGGACAAUUAAUGUUGAAUUUUGCCAAUUCAGAACGUUUCGUUGCUUUUGAUAGAAAGACAUUGGACCAAUUGCCACAAACACUCAAGAAAAUUGCCAAAGAAAUUCGUAAUGGAUAUGAGGUUAAAUAUACCAAAUUGUACAAUAAAGAAGACGCCACGAUUUCAUUCCCACUUGAGACCGGUGUUCCAUUCACAUUUACUCAAAGAUCACCAACUGUCAUUCAAGUUAAGGGUCAGGUGCGUGUUCGUACCACACCAGACAUGAAUGAAAACGACGAAAAUAAUAGCAACAGCGAUGAACGCAACAAUGAACGUACCGGUAACAACAAAAAGAACAAGAUGCAAAUCCCAAAGUCAGUUAAUGCUUCAGCUAGUAUUGAAUUAACCUACUCUACUAACAAUGAAGUCUCUAUGUCAUUUACUGAACCAAGCACUGGUCAACGCUAUUCGGCCACCUACGAUAAAAUGACUCAAGUCAAUGUUCCACUUCGUAUUUCAAGCGAUAUUGAUGUUGACAAUCGCGAAAUUAAAACCGAAGUCAAACCAUUGAGAGCCGAUAAGGAAAUGAAAAUCUUACAAAUGAAAACAACACCAUACACUGUUCGUGACAAUAUUUUCAAACUUCGUCCAAUGCCGGAAUCGCCACACACUAAAGAGAUCCGUAGCAAAUCAGUUCUUCCAUGGAACGUUGAAUUGGGUGAAAAGGCAACUGGCUUUGCCUGGAAGAUUAGCGGUAAACAAGAGAAAGGCUCAAAUCAAAUUGCCAACAUCAUCAAGCAAUUGCGUCAACGUGACUUAACAUCAAUUCUAAUGUUUGGACAAGAAGACACAUCAGCCGAACAAUCGUCAUUGACCGUAUCGUUGGAUGGAAAACAAUCAACAAGCAAAACAGCCAGAUUGACCAUUAAAUACGACAAACAAAAUGCCAAAAAUGAAAACCAAAACCAAAACAACAUCGAUAGAAACAGAUCACAUCCAAGAUCUCGAGGACAAUCAGCCGAGGGACACAAUAAUUUAGCCAAACCAGACUCAACCAAACCAAACAGUCAAGAACGUCGUGAACAACUGUUGCGCAAUGCUGCCGAAGAUAUGGGCGCAACAAAUGGUGCUAGUGUUUUGGAUAUUUCGGUCGAAUUUACUGGUUCCAAGAAACGUGAAUACGUUGCAACGGUAUCAACUGCAUCAAGUAAAACCGAAGGAAAAUCGCGUCUUCUUGUUUUCGCUCAAAAAUCAGAAUCAGAAUCAGAAUCAACAGAAAAAUCAAUUUCCUUGCAAGUUGAUGCUAAAUAUCAAAAUGCUGACCAACCAUCACAAUCAAAUCAAGCUAAUAACAAACCAUAUGCUGACAUAAAAAUCACAAUGACCGUUUCAAAGGAUAAGGAAUCGGCUACUGUUCGCGGAAAAGUUGAAAUGAAACAAUCCACUGAAUUAAAAGAACAGCGACAAGAAGAUAGCCAAAAAUCACCAAAGAAGUUAUUAUCACCGAACGCAGUCGAUCACAUGGAUAUUGAAUUGGACGUCAAUGAUGCUGCUGCCAAAAUGUUGGAAAAAUCAUUCGGUUUGGAUGCAAAGAAUUACUACAACUACCUACGUUACAGCACAUCAAUGUACUUGAAUGAAAACAAAGAGUAUGCUGAUGGACAAAAGGAUAAAGUUCGACUUGAGGUACGUCUUUCAUCCGAUAUGAAAUCGGCUGAUUUAACAUUGAAAACAGAAAACAUGAAAACCGAAUGGAAAGGAGUUCCAGUGCCAAUGGCACGAACUGUUGCCGUUGUACCAUCCAAUGGAAACUUACUCGAAGAAAUGAAACGAGAAUACAUUCAAUACCGUGAUACAUGUGUCAUUUCUGGCGAUGAGACCAACACCUUUGAAAAUCGUACUGUCAAAACUGGUGCUUUAGCUAAAAACACAUGGUAUUUGGCUGUGCAUCAAAUGCGCGAAAAUGAGAAUGACAAUGAGAACGAGAAUGAUGACAAAAAGCAUAGUCACUAUGCUUCAAUUUUGGUUCGAGAGGCUAAAGGAUCAAAUCGUCAACAAGAGUCAAACUGGAACAAUCGUCAAAACCGUGAAGAUUCAAACGAACAAGAAUCAAUUCGCGAUCAAAAUUCCAUGAAACGUGCCAACCAAAAAAAUAAAGAGGUUUUAAUUGUUUUGCAUCAAAAGAACAAGAAUGACAUCACUUUACGAUUGGCCCCAAGAGACAACGAUGAAUCAUCAUCAUCAACAUCGAACAAAGCCCCACGUCUUUUUGUCGAUGGAAAUGAAAAAGAUAUGAACUCAAAAUCAUCAAGUUCGGUGCGAUCAACUGAAAAUCCAAAGGAGGUUUUGGCACGCGUAUACGUUACUAAAGAACAACAAAGUGUUUCAGAAAAUCCGGCACGCGGUCUUCGUGUUGAAACGAAAUUGGGUGACUUGGAAGUCAAAUACGACGGAAAGAGCGUUGAAAUUCGUAGUAAGAGUAUGUAUCGUGGCAACCGUGGUAUGUGCGGUGCAUUCACUGGCCAAAAGACAAACGAUUUGAAAUCACCACAAAAUAAAAUCAUCAACAAUGAUAAAGAGUUCGCUGCAUCAUGGGCUAUUGUUGAAAAUGACUCAAACGCCGAUAAUUCCGUGAAACAAUUGCAACAACGUAUCAAACAAAAGCAAUAUCCUAGCGAAGAGACUCUUUACAGUGACCCAAUUCCGAAUAUGAAAAAGACACAAAGACAGCAUCCACUUCAAAGCAAUAAACAAUCAACAUCAAACGAUAAUCAAGACUCAUCGAACUCGGAACAAGGAAGACGCAACUUAAAUUCAAAGUCAAACUCAAAUUCGAACUCGAAUAGCAUUAAAUUAGGGACAAAACAUCAAACCCAAUUCGUCGAAGAUACUGAAAACGAUCGCAUUUGCUUCAGCAAACGUCCAUUGCCAGUGUGCCCAACCGGAUCGAGAGCAGACGGUAAAACUCAGCAAAAAGUUGAAGUUAUCUGCCGUCCAAGCAACGAUCCAGCUGCCAAACACUACAAAUCACAAAUUAAACAAGGUCGCAAUGUAAAUAUGAGCAUGCAUGCCAGCAAUGAUUCAUUGACAUUCUCCGUUCCAAAACGAUGCGAACAAUUGUAAAAGUGAACGACAAUGAACAAAUAUUCUGAACAAACUUUAUGAUUUAUAAUUUUUCUUUAUUUAUAUCAGUUGUAUAGAGGAAAAAAAAUAAUGUAAUCCUCUAACCCCUAUUAUCCCAGCAUAAAAAUUUCCAAAAUGGAAAUGUAAAAAAAAUCUAAAUAAAAAAACGAACAUUGAAUUGCAAAAAUGAA